GGUUGAACGCGCCAGUGUUGAUGAAGGCUGCCGCGUCACGUGCGUCAGAAAGGUGAAUCUCUCAGACCAGGUCACUGUUAGUUCAGGUCAGCUCUUCAGUCCCUGAGAAGUUUAGUGAUUUAAAAUGCCGUUGAGACGCAGGAAAAACGCAGGAAAUAAACAGAACAAUGAGCAACAGAGCCGUGAGAUGCGACAAAGCAGACUGGCGCCCUUCAUCCAACAGUUUCAAAAAGAAGCACAAGAGCGCAUGAAUGAGCUGGAGGCCAGAAUGGAGAACAUGUUGUCUACAGUGGACAAGAUCUUCAAAGUAGAAAAAAUGAAGAUGCCUCCAUCUCUUCAAAAAACACUUAUUGGAGAUUUAAUAAGCGAGGAGGAAAUCUCUGCAAGUGAGGUAUCCAUUGCCAUGAAGAAUGAAUCCAUUCAGAUAUCCCAGCCCCUCAAGAGAGUUUCCAGUAGAAAAGCUGUGAAAUCAACAGAGUCUCCUCCAGUUCAGUCUAUGCCAGGGCAGAGGUCGUCAAAUCGCACUACAAAGACCUCAAAUGGGACAAAAAGGACCAGAACAUUACCUGCUAGUAUUAGCACUGGAAGCCUAAGGGCUUCCACAGUCAUUGCCAAAAGGACACAGAGUCGCUUAACCAAGACAGUUGAGCAUACUCCACAGAACAAACCCAAACUCAGGUCUGUUGUGUCCACAGGAGACCUUCACUGUUCAGUGGCAGGUUCUGCUGCCCAUAUUACUGUGACAACAGCGCAAGGCCAGUCGGUCAGUUUUUCGGAAGAGUCAAAGGAUGAAAUUAAUCUGGAUUUACUGGAUGACGUGGCCUGGUGCCAGAUUCAGAGGCUGACGAGUCUGAUGGAAUAUCUCUCAAAGCAAAGUCGCUGCAUCCGAUGAAAGAAGGAAAUCUGGCUGUAUUCCACUUGGAUUUUAUUAAAUUUAAACUUUAAAUAUAUUGAAUUUAUUUAAAAACGCUUUGCAUUCUAAAUUGGAGCAUGUAAUCUUUUUAAAAGCACAAUAAAGCUCAUUUGAAUUAUUUAUGUGAAUUU